UGAAUCUUCUCAUGAUGUGAUAACGAAGAAUGUUUUGUUGGAUGUGGAUUUUGAAGCUCAUGUGGCGGAUUUUGGGGGUCCAAGGUUUUUAAAGUUUGAUGCUUUUUAUUCCACUAAUGUUGCUGGCACUCAUGGCUAUAUGGCUCAAGAGGAGAUUUCACAGGGUAGAAGUCUGAGAAAGAAAGAAGAAGAAGUUCAAAGAUGUAUGUUGAAGAAGACAAGGAGUUUGAAACAUAAACUUCUAUGUAGUUCACUACGCACAUCUCUGGUUUUCUUAUUGAUUUUAAGCUACACAAACAGAAUUAAGAGAGAAGACAGGGCAGAUUGUUUUCACGCGAAAUCAGAAGAUCUCUGGUUUUUUAGUACUUCAAGGUGUACCGGUGGCGUUAGGAUCUAUAUUUGGGACAAGUUAAAGGGGUCGUGGUAUACGCGAUUGUUGGAGUGGUUUUGUUUCGACGGAUAUCUGAGUUAUACACAGGGAAUCAGAAUUUCAUGUCUUGAGGGGAAUGAAGUAUCUUCAAGAAUGCAAACCAGAUCAAAUUAUCCACUAUGGUCUAAAGCCAAACGUUACCUAUGGUUAUCAGGGGAUUUCAAGACUGAAAGAGGCCGUGACAGGAGAUCCGAAAACCUGAACAUAAGCAAGGAUGUGGAUGGAGGAUGGUGAUGUGGCUUCAGGCCUAGCUUAACCCGUGGUGGGUGGCUCUAUGUGCAUAUAGAAGCAGAUAUGGAUGUUGUUACUAUGGUAGGUGCUAAGUUUACGUGAGCUCUGUUUGGCAGCAUGUUUUCUUGUGGAUAUGGAGCACGUGUGAGCUAAUCUCGGGCCGUAUACUUAGUAUGCUAUCAUGGUUGGAUUAGAUUGGUUGGAGGUUGCCAUCGUGACAGGUACUAAAGAUGCGUGAGCUAAUUUUGGCUGCAUGAUUCUUUGUCAUGUGCAAGCUAUCUUUGGCCGUACCUUUAGAUGUCUUACCAUGGUUGGAUCGACUACAGGUAGAGAUCAAAUGUUGCCCCCUCUCGGACCACCUGCUGUCUUAGACCCGAAAGACGGUGUGAAGCCAACAGACAUCGUCUCCUUUAACGAUCCCUGCUGACCCUACUGAACGUUAAGCCCGAUAAACAUACCAAUCUUAGAUAUAGAAUAUUCAACAUAGAACACCACACAGAGGAAACCACGAAAACUUUCCCAACAUACAUAAGAUGCAGCCCUGACAUCACUUGGUUUGUAAAAUAACCUGAUAUAAACAUCACGACCAAAACCUAUACAACUAGAGUUUUAUAACCAUGACCUCCAGGACGAUAUUAUUUAAACCUUACAAAACAUUUCAACAAUGACAGACUCAAAUUACAACUCCAACCAGAGUUUGAUUCGGAACUUUCAGCAGACGUUGGCAGUGUAUCAGGCACCGGGAGCUCAAUCUCUACCUGAAAAGUGGGAAACAUUUUGAAAAGAAUGAGCUACGAGGCCCAGGCACGCCCAGUACAACCAACGUUUACUAGUGCUACGAUGUAGUGGGGCUCGCCCGACACUCCCAUCGUCUUUGUCGUAGUGGGGCCCACCCAGCACUCACGACAGCAUCGUUGUCACGGAGUACACUCAACAUCGACAACGGAAAUCUAACCUGUGUGCACACGUUACCAUAUAGCCUCAGGCUCAAUAUCUUAGUCAUGUAAUCAAUGGAAAGCUCCACGAAGUCACAUGAAAACAUUUAAACAUGCCUGUUUAUCGUUAUCUUUUGUAAAACUCAAGUUUAUUCAGUUUGCUCGUGAAAAA